AUGAAUGUGGAUGUGCUGUCAGAGGCUAAGGCGGCAUGGGAUGGCUUGAUGGCGCAUGAUCAGUUCAAUGGCAUCCAGACAGAAGAACCUUUGAAGGUGCAAGCUGGAGGUGUGAUGCAUCCCACGGAGUUCAAGCACAUCAACCCUGGCGGAACCUUGGGCACUACGUACAGUGCUGGUGGAAACCUAUCAUGGGUGAACCCAUUCUGGACGCCAUGCACAGUUCCAAUCAUCAGCAGCUCCAUCGCCCUCCUGACCAUGUCAAAGUUCAAGGAUCCGACGCCCUUGGACAUAACAGUGGUGGUGAGCCCUCAGUCUGAUGUCAGAGAAGAUCGCCACCGUCACGCCAGCCUCUUGAAACGGCUCAGCCCAGAGGAGGACCACUUGGCUUACAUCAUAGCAACUUGGAGAGAUGUCAGCGAGGGCGAAAGCAUUGAGGAGUGGCGAUCGGCUUGGCUCAGUGCUAAGAUUACCUGGAAGACUUGUGGAGAUGACCUUGAAUCCACUUUUUGGGAGCAUGCAAAAAUCCGGGAGAAGGUGGGAGAGUAUUUUGAGAAUUUCUACUACACUCCGGUGCAAAGAGUGUUUCAGGUGGGCGCCAUCAAAAAGAUCCUCCAGGAAAAGCUCUCAGUUCCGAUCACCCCCAAAGUCUUGAAGCAGCACUAUGACAAGAACCUCCAGAUCACCAGCGGAGAAGCAGCAACAGAACACUUUCUCCAAGUAGCCCUGGCUUUGUACAACGCUUUGUUCAGUGUCCCAAAGCUGAAAGACCUGGCGUUUCUCACAGAUGAAACGUUUGGCAAGCGAUCGCCCCUGGACUCGGUCUUGAAGAUUGAAAGCUUGAUGCGAGCUUGCCGGUCCAACGCUGAGUCGAUGGAGUUCUGUAUGACAACGAUGGCUGAUCUAUGUCUCAACCGUCUCCUUCAGCCAGCUGAACUGCAACCCAGCAUGAUGAAGAACUUGGAAUCUCAUGCAGCCUAUCGACAAGCGUUUGGUGGCAGGCCCUUCACAGCAGAGGCCAUCCAGAAGAACGUCAAGGUCCCUGAUGGCCAGACAUGGGUUGCUUGUAUGAAUCCCCGUUCGCAGAAAGCAGCCGAAUUUGCCGCAGAGUUUGUGUAUGGCCUGCAGUAUGACUAUGUCAUCAAGCAAGCUGUCAGGCAUCAACAAACCCUGGAAGAAGUUUUGGAACAUGCCAACAUUGACAAGAUGUGGAGAAUGAUCAUUACCCCUGGUGAUGCACCUGUUGCGACUGAGCACGUUGAAGCUGAGCUGUCAAAGUCAGCAGUGUUGGCCAGCCUGAUCCCUGCAGAAAGCUUGUCACAACUGCAACAACCAGAGCGUGCUUCACACCUUGAGACUGUCGAGAGUGCCGCUGAGGUAGCAAGGAAACAAGUCAGAAGCCAGAUACAGACAGUGGAUGGCUCCAUGAGUUUGCAGAAGCUUGCGAAGCUGCUGAAGGCCACCGAGAUCACCAACAAGCUCCGCGGCACAGCUGACAGCUCGAUUUUGGUGGUCUACGUUGUUGAUGCAGCUGGGGAGCGUGAACGGGAUGCUCGCCGAAGUCCCACACCGGCUCGCAAGGAGCACAUGGAGAAAGUCAUCCAGGCAGCGCUGGCCUCGCGUGGUGAAUCCUUACCGGAUUUCGAUGGUGACAAGACUGUGUAUCCCGCAUUGGAUCCUUCGGAUGUGUACCUGUUUUGUGACAGCGGUCGCCCUGGCACUCAGGCAGCGUUCACGCAGAUGUUCAAGUCAGUGGAGAAUGGACCCUAUGCCAAAUCUAUGUUUCAUGUGAACUAUGCGGAAGAAAGCGUGAAGGAGCACAGGAAGGUGUUCACAUUGCCCCAGAUGGAAUCGAUCAUUGUCGAUGUGCCACAGCCCCCUACAUCGGACAAGCGUGAGAUGAUGGGAGCUGCUCGGGUGAAAGAUGACAGCCGUGCAAGCCACCAUGCCAAGGGUCCCUUGUCUGCACUUUGUCAUGACCCAUGGAUGGACAAAGGCAUGGAACCGAUGGAUUGGGGCAUUUGGAGCACGCGCACGUUUGAGGAGGUACUUCACCGCUUCCGUCCAAAGGCGGUGGUCCUUGCAACGGCCUCCUGCCCCUCCAUCUUGACGCCGCUGUUGGAGGCACAGACUCCCUGCAUGGCAAUUUGCUACUCCAAGAAACAUGAGGACUGGUAUGCUCAGUGUGCCAAUCAGAUCAUGUUCAAGCUGCUGAACUCACCAAAGUCGAGGCAUUACUUGCCUGAUCUUGCCAAAGCCCUGAAGAAUGACAAGACCUCACAGAGCUUCGUCGUGGCCACUUUUCCUGCUUAUCCUGCUCCCAUCAUUCUCUUCAACUGGGGCCAGCAACAGUUGUGGGGUGAGCAUCAGCAUCAGCAGCAAUAUGGCGUGGGCAUGGGCAAUGAGGGCAAGGGCAGGGAGGAACAUGUUGGUGAGGGUCAAGGUGUUCAUGCGACCAUGGACAAGAGUGACAAGAUGAACAAUGAGAAGAAGCGCCAGGACCUCCAAACAGAAUGUGUUGAAGAGGUGUUGGUGGAUUCCAGCGACUCCGACAGCUGCGACAGCGACUUGGAGUGGGAUGCCUUGAUCCCUGCUCGGCUGAAGAAGUACAAGGACUGGAUUGCAUGCGGAUCCAAGCUCAUCGUGGGUGCAACGCCAAAGAAGAAAACAUACCGAGCCGUUCGAAAGCCGGUGUGGCAGAAAGGCGGCAGACUGAGGUGA